AAACUUGUCUCCCCACCGCCACACCGUCCCACCGUCCCACCGCCCGCUUCCUUCCCUGCCUUCCCGCAUCUCCGCGGCUCCUCCCACUCACAGUGCGCUCACGUGACCGAGUGAUGUCAUCAGAGGUCCUUCUCUCCCUGUAGAAUGUAGCAGCAGCAGCAGCAGGCAGCAUGGCGACGGGCGCAGUUCCUCCUGCUGCAGCCUCCCCACCUCUGCAGUCCGGCGGCGCCUGCGGGGACUCGCUCUAGAGCUGCGGCCAAAGUUGACCUGUCCUAGGUGCUACUUAAUGGGAGAAGUUGCUGCAGGAUGAAAAGAUGGCAGCUCCGCUUAUGGCACCACCUGGCCCUGAUAGCUUCAAAGCUUUUACUCGUGAAUCUUUGGCUGCCAUUGAAAAGCGCAUAGCCGAGGAGAAGAAUAAAAAGCCACCAAAGCAAGACAGUAGCCACAGAGACGAUGAUGAUGAGAAUAAACCCCGUCCAAACAGUGAUCUGGAAGCGGGCAAAGGCGUGCCGUUUAUUUAUGGCGAUUGUCCUUCACGCCUGAUUGCUGAGCCAAUCGAAGACUUAGACCCUUUUUAUUUACACACAAAAACCUUUAUAGUACUAAACAGAGGAAAAACAAUCUUCAGAUUUAGUGCCGCGCCUGCCUUGUAUAUUUUAAGUCCUUUUAAUCCACUAAGAAAAUUUGCUAUUAAAAUUUUGAUACAUUCAUUAUUUAGCAUGAUCAUUAUGUGCACUAUUUUGACCAACUGCGUAUUCAUGACUUUUAGUAAUCCUCCUGAAUGGUCCAAACAAGUGGAAUAUACGUUCACUGGCAUUUAUACAUUUGAAUCACUUGUGAAAAUCAUUGCGAGAGGUUUUUGCAUAGACGGCUUUACAUUUUUGCGGGACCCAUGGAACUGGCUAGAUUUCAGCGUGAUAAUGAUGGCAUAUGUGACAGAGUUUGUGGACCUUGGGAAUGUCUCAGCGCUGAGAACAUUCAGAGUUCUCCGAGCUUUGAAAACUAUCUCUGUCAUUCCAGGCCUGAAGACCAUUGUAGGUGCCCUAAUUCAGUCUGUGAAGAAGCUGUCAGAUGUAAUGAUUUUGACAGUGUUUUGCCUCAGUGUCUUUGCUUUAAUCGGUCUACAGCUUUUCAUGGGCCAUCUAAGGCGCAAAUGUGUUGCUUGGCCUGUGGACAUGGACCAGAUGUACUUGGCCAAUGGCAGCAAAGGAUUCGAUUUUGACGAAUACAUCAUGAAUGACACAAACUUUUUUAAAGUCCAUGGAGCAAUCGAUCCGUUACUCUGCGGUAAUGGCUCAGACGCUGGGCAAUGCCCAGAGGGAUACACAUGUAUGAAAGCAGGGAGGAACCCAAAUUAUGGCUAUACUAGCUUUGAUACAUUUAGCUGGGCCUUCUUGGCUUUAUUUCGCCUUAUGACUCAGGAUUUUUGGGAAAACUUGUACCAGUUAACAUUGCGUGCUUCUGGAAAAACAUAUAUGAUCUUCUUUGUCUUGGUUAUCUUUGUGGGGUCAUUUUACCUGGUGAAUUUAAUUCUGGCUGUAGUGGCCAUGGCUUAUGAAGAACAAAACCAAGCCACCUUGGAGGAAGCAGAGCGGAAGGAGAAUGAAUUUAAGGCAAUGCUGGAACAGAUGAAAAGGAUGCAGGAAGAAGCUCAGGCUGCAGCAAAUGCUACAUCUGCUGGCACAGUGACUGAGGAUGCUGUGGAAGAUGAAGAUGGAGAGGCCCGGAUGUCUCACACAUCUUCUGAGUUCUCCAAACCAAGUUCAAAGAGUGCCAAGGAAAGGAGAAAUCGUAGAAAGAAGCGGAAACAGAAAGAAUUGUCUGAAGGGGAAGAGAAAGGAGAUAGUGAAAAGGUGUACAAGUCUGAGUCUGAAGAUGGGGUAAAAAGAAGAGGCUUCUGGUACCCUGAUAAUAGACUGGGAAGAAGGUUUUCAAUCAUGAACCAGUCUCUUCUGAGCAUACCAGGGUCUCCAUACCUAUCAAGACACAACAGCAAGAGCAGUAUAUUCAGUUUUAGAGGACGUUUCAGGGAUCCAGUCUCUGAAAAUGAGUUUGCAGAUGACGAACACAGCACAGUAGAAGAGAGCGAAGGCCGACGCGAUUCCCUUUUCAUCCCAGUCCGUGGACAUGACAGAAGGAACAGCUACAAUAGUGGUUACAGUCAGGGCAGUCGAUCGUCUCGCAUCCUCCAGAACCUGCGGAGAAAUCCGAAAAGGAAUAGCACGGUGGAUUGUAACGGCGUGGUCUCUCUGAUUGGUGGUCCAGGCUCCAAUAUCCCUGGUGGACGUCUUCUGCCUGAGGUGAAAAUAGAUAAGGCAGCUACUGAUGACAGCCCUACAACAGAAGUAGAAGUGAAAAGGAAGCCUUCAGGAUCUCUUCGUGUGUCCAUGGACCAGUUGACUGCAUCUUUUGGAAGGAAGAGAGCCAAUAGUAUUCUGAGUGUUGUAACUCAGACUUUAGUGGAAGAGCUGGAGGAAUCACAAAGAAAGUGUCCCCCUUGUUGGUACAAAUUCGCAGACACCUAUCUAAUAUGGACUUGCUGUCCUUUGUGGAUUCGCAUUAAAACCAUUGUGAACAUGAUUGUAAUGGAUCCCUUUGUGGACUUGACCAUCACCAUUUGUAUUGUUCUUAACACUUUAUUUAUGGCUAUGGAACACUAUCCAAUGACACCACAUUUUGAAAAUGUUUUGGUUGUGGGAAAUCUGGUUUUCACUGGCAUUUUUACAGCAGAAAUGUUCUUGAAGUUGAUAGCGAUGGAUCCAUAUUACUAUUUUCAGGAGGGCUGGAACAUAUUUGAUGGUUUUAUUGUUUCGCUCAGUUUAAUGGAAUUAGGACUUCAGGACGUUGAGGGGCUUUCUGUGCUGCGCUCCUUCCGCUUGCUGAGAGUCUUCAAACUAGCUAAAUCAUGGCCGACAUUAAACAUGCUGAUAAAAAUCAUUGGGAAUUCUGUUGGUGCCUUGGGGAACUUGACCUUGGUGCUUGCCAUUAUCGUUUUCAUUUUUGCUGUAGUGGGCAUGCAGCUGUUUGGCAAAAGCUAUAAGGACUGUGUCUGCAAGAUAAACCCAGAAUGUGUAUUGCCACGCUGGCACAUGAAUGAUUUUUUUCAUUCCUUCCUUAUUGUUUUCCGGGUAUUAUGUGGAGAGUGGAUUGAAACCAUGUGGGACUGCAUGGAGGUUGCUGGACAAGCCAUGUGUAUUAUUGUCUUCAUGAUGGUGAUGGUCAUUGGUAAUCUGGUGGUGCUGAACCUUUUUCUGGCUUUACUGCUGAGCUCAUUUAGCGCAGACAACCUGGCAGCUACAGAUGAUGAUGGGGAGAUGAACAACCUGCAGAUAUCUGUCAUUCGAAUCAAAAAAGGGAUUGCUUGGAUUAAGCUCAAAGCGCAUGAUUUUAUGCAAAAGCAUUUUAAAAAGAAAGACGCCGAUGAAGUUAAACCUCUGGAUGAAAUGUAUGAGAAGAAGAUGAACUGUUUGGCAAACAAUACAGGUGCUGAUAUCCACAGAGAUAUGGAUUACCCAAAGAAUGGAAAUGGAACUACCAGUGGCAUUGGGAGUAGUGUGGAAAAAUACAUGAUAGAUGAGGAUCACAUGUCUUUCAUACAUAACCCUAACCUCACCGUUAAAGUGCCCAUUGCAGUUGGAGAGUCAGAUUUUGAAAAUCUUAACACGGAGGAUUUCAGCAGUGCGUCUGAUGAAGAAGGCAGCAAAGAUAAACUGGAUGACACCAGUUCUUCAGAAGGAAGUACAAUUGAUAUAAAACCAGAAGCUGAGGAAGUUCCUGUAGAGCAACCAGAAGAGUAUUUAGAUCCGGAUAACUGCUUUACUGAAGGCUGUGUGGCUCGUUUUAAGUGUUGCCAAGUCAGUGUGGAAGAAGGUUUGGGUAAAAGUUGGUGGACACUGCGGAAAACCUGUUUCCUCAUAGUGGAGCACAACUGGUUUGAAACCUUCAUCAUUUUCAUGAUAUUGUUAAGCAGUGGAGCGCUGGCCUUUGAGGAUGUUUACAUAGAACAGCGGAAAACCAUUCGAACGAUCCUUGAAUAUGCAGAUAAAGUUUUCACUUACAUUUUCAUAUUGGAAAUGUUGCUGAAAUGGUUGGCAUAUGGAUUUGUGAAGUUCUUCACUAAUGCCUGGUGUUGGCUAGACUUCCUCAUUGUUGAUGUCUCUUUAGUAAGCCUUAUAGCUAAUGCCCUGGGCUACUCGGAACUAGGUGCCAUUAAGUCCCUUAGGACCUUAAGAGCAUUGAGACCCCUAAGAGCCUUGUCACGAUUUGAAGGGAUGAGGGUGGUAGUUAAUGCCUUGGUUGGUGCCAUCCCUUCAAUUAUGAAUGUGUUGCUGGUCUGCCUUAUAUUUUGGCUGAUUUUUAGUAUCAUGGGUGUUAACCUGUUUGCGGGCAAGUACUACUACUGCUAUAACGAAACGGCAGAAGGCAUGUUUGAAAUUGAAGACGUGGAAAAUGAAACACAAUGUUUUGACCUUAUUGGAAAUAAUUAUACCGAAGUUAGAUGGAAAAAUGUGAAAAUCAACUUUGACAAUGUUGGAGCUGGAUAUCUUGCAUUGCUUCAAGUAGCUACUUUUAAAGGCUGGAUGGAUAUUAUGUAUGCAGCAGUAGACUCCAGGAAGGUUCACCAGCAACCAAAAUAUGAGGACAACAUUUAUAUGUACAUUUAUUUUGUAAUCUUCAUUAUUUUUGGCUCUUUCUUCACUCUAAAUCUGUUUAUUGGUGUCAUCAUUGAUAACUUCAAUCAACAAAAGAAAAAGUUUGGAGGUCAAGACAUCUUCAUGACAGAAGAACAAAAAAAGUAUUAUAAUGCUAUGAAGAAACUGGGCUCUAAGAAACCACAAAAACCCAUACCCAGGCCACUAAAUAAAUUCCAAGGAGCCAUUUUUGAUAUAAUCACACAACAAGCAUUUGAUAUUGUGAUUAUGAUUCUGAUUUGUCUUAACAUGGUGACAAUGAUGGUAGAAACCGAUGACCAGAGUGAUUACACAGAUAAUGUUCUCUACUGGAUCAAUGUUGUUUUCAUUGUAUUUUUUACCACUGAGUGUGUGCUAAAGCUGUGUGCACUGCGGCAUUAUUACUUUACCAUCGGAUGGAAUAUUUUCGACUUUGUUGUUGUAAUCCUUUCAAUUGUUGGAAUGUUCCUGGCUGAUUUGAUCACAAAAUACUUUGUGUCACCCACUUUGUUCAGAGUCAUUCGUCUGGCUCGUAUUGGCCGCAUACUUCGCUUAAUCAAGGGAGCCAAAGGGAUACGGACCCUGCUUUUUGCCUUAAUGAUGUCAUUGCCGGCUUUGUUCAACAUCGGCCUUCUUCUGUUUCUAGUGAUGUUUAUAUUUUCAAUAUUUGGUAUGUCGAACUUCGCUUAUGUGAAGAAGGAAGCAGGGAUAGAUGACAUGUUCAACUUUGAAACCUUUGGCAAUAGUAUGAUCUGCUUAUUUCAGAUCACUACAUCUGCUGGCUGGGAUGGCUUGUUGCUGCCUAUCCUAAAUCGUCCGCCAGAUUGUGAUGCGCACAAAGAGAAUCCAGGUAGUCAAGUGAAAGGUGACUGCGGAAAUCCUUCUGUUGGCAUCUUUUUCUUUGUCAGCUACAUUAUAAUCUCUUUCCUGAUUGUAGUGAACAUGUACAUUGCUAUCAUUCUGGAAAAUUUCAGCGUGGCAACUGAAGAGAGUGCUGAUCCUUUAAGUGAGGAUGACUUUGAAACCUUUUAUGAAAUUUGGGAGAAAUUUGAUCCAGAUGCAACACAGUUUAUCCAGUUCAGCAAACUGCCAGAUUUCGCAGAUGCCUUGGAGCAUCCACUGCGAAUCCCCAAGCCAAACACCAUUGAACUAAUUGCAAUGGAUUUGCCGAUGGUGAGUGGUGACAGAAUUCAUUGUCUGGAUAUCCUAUUUGCCUUCACCAAACGGGUACUUGGAGAGAGCGGAGAGCUGGAUAUAUUGCGCCAGCAGAUGGAAGAGAGAUUUGUGGCUUCAAACCCUUCAAAAGUGUCUUAUGAGCCCAUUACCACCACACUCAGGCGAAAGCAAGAGGAUGUAUCUGCGGUUGUUAUCCAGCAAGCUUACAGGCGCCAUUUAGUCAAACGAGGGUUUAUUUCUAGAAAGCGUUCAACUGGCAAAAUGGAGAAUGGGGGAACCAACAUGGAUAAAAAAGAGGGAACGCCAUCUACUGCAUCACUCCCAUCAUAUGACAGUGUAACUAAACCUGACAAAGCAAAACAAGAAAGAAUAGAAGAUGCAAUUAGAGAGAGAGCUAAAAAACAAAAAUCUGUCAGGGAAUCAAAGUGUUGAAAAAAAAAAUGUAAACAUUUCAUAUUUGCAAGCAAAAGAUUGUUUACAAAUUUAAUAAAUUUAUCAAUGCAGAUCAGCUAUUUAGACACUUACCUAAAGAUCAAUACCAAACAGUCUGCUUAUUGUGACUUUGUUGCAUCAACAGCAGUGGCACACCUGUUUAAAAGACUGUAACAAGAGCCUUCAAUAUGGAUUUUAUAUUUUUGGACAGGUGAAUACUGCAUGUUCCACAUCAGUCAAUGCAACUUAGGGGAAAUCAGAGCUGCAGGGAUCAGUAUAAUCCCAGAGCGGCCAAAUGGAGUUUAUUUUCUCAUAUUAUUGUGAAAAUGAAAAAAAGCACCACUUGGGGGUUUGUCCAUGCAAAACUGUAUUUGCAAUGUUACAUUAGUUAAGCAGCAUAAUAAAAAAAAAAAAGGAAACAAAAAUCUGGCAAAAAAAAAAAACAACAAAAAAAUCAAAAAACAUUAAGCCCAUGCCAUAUAAAUGUCACAGUUUAUUUGAUAUAUCUGCAUAUUUUUUCUACAUGGGCUUCAUGUGGUUCGGGAGAUGGGAAAUCAGGUUAAACUUCGGGCUGAGGGGCAUUUUGCUCAGGCCGAUUCCAAAUAAAUAAAUUUUGUGCUCGUUCAAUGCAUAGAAAUGACUUGCAUGAUGGCAUGCUGUGAUCAGGAAUCAUGCAUGAAGACUCAUAAAACACAGGACACCAGUACUCUGUCCACUGCAGUGGGAAGGCUGUAAGUCUGAGGCACUCCACUGAAUACUGAACACUGUAUUUGGAGGUAAUUAAUAUAUACCCUUCACCAAUAUUUACCAAAACCUUUUACACAUCAUGAUUAGCAAUUAAAGCAGACCGAAAGAUUUGUGUAUGUUUAUUAAAAGGUUCUUUAAAUACCAUCACCGCUGCACACAAUACCAACAAAUGAGAUAACUAGUUGCUGCUCAAGAUUUUUUUUUUUUUCGUUGUUAUGGGAUACUAAAAAUAAGACUAGCUUCUACUACUAUGUCACUGUAAACCAAAACUUAGGGCUUAUUGAAUUCUGCUUUUGUAUUUGCAAUCUUUUUAGUCUCCAUUACACAGAGGGCAGAAGAACCACGAUAUUUGGAAAAAAGACUUUUUUUUUUCUGUGGUGGAUAUUGGGAAAUGCCAUUAUGUUUUGUUGCAAAUGUUUAUGCAAAUCACUGUUCUUUGUAUAAACAAUGUUUGGAUAAGAAAAAAAAAACUAUGUUCAUUCUGUCCCCCUACUGGGGUAAUUUGUAUCUUGGCACUUUAAUACUGCAUGUUUUCUCUUUUUCUAGCCAUAUUUAAAAGUUAUUUUCACACAUCCACUUAAAAAACAAAGGACAACAUGGUGCAAAGCAAAAAUAUCAAUAUACUUCAUCCAAUCAUCUUCAACCAUGUUGCCUGGCACCAGUUGUUCUCUAGUGACAGGGAUGAAGUUAAAGAAAUGGGGGGGGGGGGGGGGGCUCUGGAAAUGCCGGGGUCUUCAUAUGAAUGUGGGGAAAACAUAAAUCAGGGAUGUACAACCUGCAGCCCUCCAGUAGUUGUUGUGGCCCUCCAGCGUAGGUUGGACCUGCCUUAUUUAUAUCAUGAAGAGCUGAAUAACAUUAGUUAUAAAAUAUAAUAUAUCCUUUCUACUUUUACCAACUCCACGACCCACCCUCCCUCUAAAGGGUCCCCUGUGAUGCUGGAGGCCCAGGGCUAAUACCCUCUCUGCCCUACCCUAAAACCAGCUCUGUCUACUUGUGCUAGACAUUAUCCAACAUGGAAUAUGCAUUACUUUACAUGUGCUUAUUUACAUUUUUAAAUAAACAGCAUAGCACUCCCUGUAUCUUGCAUCAUUAUCAUGUUUUGGAUGAAACACAUUUGUAGUAAUUUAGCCUGUAGCGUUUAAGACCCUGGAAAUUAAGAAAGCUUUAAACUACUGUCCAAUCUUUUGCAACUUUUACAUCUGGAAACAUCCUCAUUUCACAAGGUCUGAAGAGAACACCUUGCUGGUGCUGCGGAAAUUUUAUGCAAAAAAAAAAAGCAUGCCUUCUUCUGUGUUCCAAGUGAUGAAACGUUUGCUAAAUGAGUAUGUGGUGUAAGAGGAUUCAACAUGCCGAGUGUGUGGACCAAACCGUUGUUUCAUAUUAAAUCAAUACAAGAUGCAUUAAGAGGCAUUGUACUGUACAUUGUCAUUAGCAGACCUUCAGGUCCAAGUUUUUCAGUUUUACUGUACAUCACUUAGAACCAUAUCUCUGUGCCAAGUGGGACUUCUUAGCUCAAUUACUAGACAAUUGCAGUGGCAUCAGUGAAGCUGAUAAAAUUGGAAACUGAUUUGCGGCCGAGAAGCGAUUUCUAACUCCGUAGAAUAGUUUUUUUUUUCCAUUUGCUGCUACGACAGAAUGUAUUAUAUUAACUUCCAUACGUAUGUACAGACUAUGUUGUAAACAGCACAAAACAAAACAAAAAAAAAAGCUGAGAAAGUGUGGUUCUACUUUUUAAGAGGAUAUUAUAAAUGCUGUAAUAUAACCAUUUUAUUUUAUUGACUUUUUUUUGUAAAUACAAAGAAAACGAAGACAAAUUAAAUAGAAUGGCUUCUGGCGCGUGGCAUCGUCCUCUUUUAUCUUUUAUUUUGUAAGAUUUUAGAACAAAUGUAUAUCCCUAGAGAUAAACGCGAACCUUAUCACCAAUGGUCUAUUGUUCCAAUGUGCAAUAAAAUCUGACCACUUCUAUGCAAAAUUUGGCUGACCUUCAUAUACAUAUUUUUAGGUGGUGGGGAACAAAUAGUUAAUUCAUAAUCACUGCUAGGUACAGUUUAUUGCUGAGGCUGGUGAUAUCACAAUGCUACUUUUUACAACCUGUCUGAACUGAUUUUGAUUUUUCAGUUUAUUUUUUUACUGUAUGAUGUUUUAUCUCAAACCUUUUAGGAAUCCCACGUUUGUUUUAUUUGUUUACAUUCAGCCGCAUAAUGUUUAAAUGUUUGCUAGCGUGAUUCUUUUUGAAGUAUAGGUAGCAGAGUGACCUCAUCACCAGCAGUACAAUGGCAGGUAACAGGUACUGAGAAAUCAAUGUCUACAUGUUUUUGUAUUACCUUCAUUCGGGCAAGGGGAGGGAUGAUGGAAAAACUGAGCUUCACUAAAUAAAAAGUACCAAUGCAUUUUGUAGUCUUUGAUGCAAUGUUUCUAUAAAGUCCACUAGUUAGGGAAAUGAAAAGACCACAUUUUUGGUAGGUUGAUUGUUACUGUUACUCCCAGAGGAGCCAAUCAGUGAAUGAAAUGAUGAGAUUGUGCACAAGAUUGGAAGUCGUUUUUGCUUUUUGAGGCAUGUAUGCGAGAGAUUUGUCUUUUGCGCUAACGGGAAGAAAGACUAUGUAUAAAGGCCACACUCUGAGUUUUUCUUAGUUCUUUUUCUUUCGUCCUCUCACAACUGUCUUUCUCUCUCUUACACUUUCUCAUUUCAAGGGACAACUCUUGUGUCCAACUUUUUUCAUUCUCACAUUUGUAUUUUACGUUUGUGACAUCUUUUUCCCUUUCUUUAUCAUGCAUUUUUAUACUUUCUCCUUUAUUUUCAAAUUUUUGUGUCCGUGUUAAAUUAUGUAACGGAACUCUAGUAAUGAAUAAUGUGUUAAAAUAAUGCAUGGUGAUUCAUGCUGAUCGUACCCAAACUGGAAAAAAACCUGACAUUACUACUACUAUAGGCCAAAAUGAAAAUAAAAGUUAGCCUUUUUACUGUA